GUAACUUCGAAAAGUGUCCGGGUAACUAAACGCUGUGGUCUACGCUUCCCAUCAUGAGGUCGACGUUUUGUGUUUUUUAGUUUAUUUAAUAAUAAAGUUAGGUCAUCGUGUGUUACUAGAUUAUUCUAACUCACGGGUGGAACAAAAAAAAGACAAUGUUCCGAACAAAGGUAGACUUUCUGCAGAGGUUUAUACGGUGUAAACACACGUCUGGAAGGCCAUUCUGCUCCAGACUUGUUUUAGGUAUUGAGACAAGCUGCGACGAAACAGGAGCUGCUGUGUUAGACGAAACCGGUUCUAUACUGGGCGAGUGUCUGCAUUCACAGAAAGAAGAACAUCUGAGGUAGGUUUCAGAGUGCAGAGCUACGGUUCCUUCAGUUCUAGGGUUUUUGUCAGGACAUGAAAAAGUCCUCAAGUGUAAUGUAAAAACGUGUUUGGAAACGGGUGAAAUGUUAAAGGUCAUGACAAGAAUGGCUACUUAAGAAGAGUGUCAGGAGGAGAAAUCAUCCUCUCAGAAGGUCAGCUCAGGUCCAUCAAGUUUCACCAGAUCAAAGCUUUCCUGGGAGACCAAGGGGAGAUGUUUACCCAUAAUGCACAGCAGCACAAACAGCUGAUCCCAACCGUCCUCAUUGUGAUGGAGGUUCUGCUGGAUCGGCGGCUGGACCCAGGACGGGUGGGAUCAUCCCCACAGUAGCACAGCAGCUCCACAGAGACAACAUAGAGCGUGUGGUCUGGGAGACGUUGGAGAAGAGCGGCGUGACCCCGAGCCAGCUUUCUGCCGUGGCCACCACCGUAAAGCCGGGCUUGGCCCUGAGCCUGAGCGUUGGUCUGGAGUUCAGUCUAAGGUUUGUGAGACAGCAUAACAGACUCUUCAUCCCUAUCCACCACAUGGAGGCCCACGCUCUGACCGUCAGGAUGCUCCACCCUCUUUCCUUCCCCUUUCUGGUGCUGCUCGUUUCUGGAGGCCACUCGCUUCUCGCUGUGGCUCAGGGAGUUGAUGACUUCCUGCUGUUGGGUCAUGCAUUGGAUGAAGCUCCGGGGGAUACGCUUGAUAAAGUGGCGAGACGUCUGUCCCUCAGCAAACACCCACAGUGCUGCACACUGAGUGGAGGACAAGCUAUCGAGCUUCUGGCUAAAGAUGGAGACAGGAAGAGGUUUUAUUUCACGACCCCUAUGGGUAAAACUCCUGACUGCUGCUUUUCUUUUGCUGGACUCAGGAACCAGAUUACGAUGACUAUAAAGAAAAAGGAGGCAGAGGAAGGUGUAGGAGAAGGAACGUUGCUGUCGUGUGUCAACGAUCUAGCAGCAGCCGCUCAACACACCGUCGCCUCGCAUCUUGCAGAGCGUACACAUCGCGCCAUCCUGUUCUGUAAGGCUAACAGCCUGCUGCCAGCAGAUAAUCCCACUCUGGUGGUGUCUGGAGGAGUUGCCAGUAACCGGUACAUCCGAAAGGUUCUGGCGAUCAUCACCGAGUGGACCGGACUCAGUCUGCUCUGUCCUCCUGGUAAACUGUGCACUGAUAACGGUGUGAUGGUUGCAUGGAAUGGUGUUGAGCGUCUGAGGGAAGGGAGAGGGAUUCUGCUGCCAAACCAGGACGUCCGCUAUGAGCCAAAGGCACCUCUGGGUGUUGACAUCUCAGCAGAGGUGAGGGCAGCUGCCAUCAGACUCCCACGAGUCAGGAUGAAGAUCCAAAAUAACAUUUAGAAACACAAAAUAAUUAGUAAAUAACCCAUUGUACUGAUAUUUAUUAAUAAAUGUAUUUUUGAACAGA